CGUGGUGUUUGUCGAUGCAUCACACCUCUCUCACUUGUUGGCAAUACGAGCAGUAAAAAUUUGGAGGAUGAAUCACCGGCUUCCUUUCGUUUUCAUCAUUGACGUGCACACACGACAUGAUGUGAGCAAACAACAUUUUCCUCUUCGUCCUCAUCCAUUCAUCAUAUUUGAUAAUGAUCCSCGCGAACAAACGCACCUUGAUUCCGUUGUGGUUUUCAGUGMUAUGGUGUAGGAAACUUUUGCUGGAAACAUUCGCAUACGAAUCGUCGUCAUCUUCGUCGUCGUCUCCGCGCAAGCCGCUGUUUCAUGUUGCGCCCAUGCAGUGCUACACGAAUUCRCAAACGAGGAAAUUGUUCGAUAUGCUUUCGCCGUCGUCCAUCAAAUGGACCGAGAUGGAAAAGAUGGACGACAUCUAUCCCAGAACAGAAUCCAUCGACUACAUGCUGGAUGCGCUGGAAAAACGGUUGGGACCCCCCGGGGACCACCACGACACGACCAAUCUGGUGCUGCAGCUCGGAACCAACGACCCCGAGCGGUUACAAACCUGCGUGGAACAGACACUCCGGCACUACGACAACAUAGGAGAGAUCAAUCUGAAUUGUGGCUGCCCAGCCAUCGAAUCCGGGGGGGCAUCGACCUACGGAGCAAGCCUCAUGAAAGAUGCGAGAUUGACAGGGCAGCUCGUCGAAUCCGUGAGAAAAGGGCUGGAGAGAACGGAAUCUCUGCGGACCACAAAGCCGAGGRUCUCGGUAAAAUGCCGCAUYGCCGUCUUUGACACCGACAAAGACAUGCGGCCGCUCACGGAGGGCGACUACGAGGCCCUGAAGGAGUACGCUUCGACUAUUCGCGAACACGGUGCCGACCACAUGAUCCUGCACGCGAGGCCGGCCGUCCUGUCGGGGUUGAGCCCGGUGAAGAAUCGGAUUGUUCCGACACUGGACUACGGGUUUGUGGAGCGGAUCGCCUCGGAUUUUGAGGGCGAAAUGGACGUGACACUGAACGGUGGCAUCACGACGCUGGAGCAGCUGGAAUCUCUUUCCCGCGGGGAGGACGGCACCGCAAUCUCGGGGUACAUGGCGGGGAGGUGGUGUCUGCGGAGACCCCUCGACCUGGUGGGCAUAGAGGACUCGCUGGAGGGRCGAACCGGAUGCGAUGCGUCCCUUUCGUUGCUAGUUGGUGCGAUCGAGCAAUACGUAGACGACGCCAUCGAAAUGCUUGGAUCUUCUUCCCAGCGCCACAAGCCCACGGCGGCCGAUAUCUGCCUGCCCCUCUUCCUGGUGGUGGAGCAGCUCCGUGACGACUACGACUACGAAGAGGACGAGGAGAGCGAGGUACCACCUCCUUUGCUGACGUACGCAGAAAUGGAAUCGCUGUACGACGUGCUGCAAGAAAGUGUCGCACAGAUCGAGGGCCUGUGUGGCAGCGGAAAGAAGAAGAAGAAGAAGAAAACAGCAACAAACAGCGACGUGAAUUUCAAGCGCCUUUCGUCUUCGUUCAAAUCGUUGGUGGGCACGAAGGUUGCAAACAAAUGGAGGCGCAACCGAGCCGAAUUAUAGCACGAGGGAAGAACAGUGUUGUGGAGGAUCAUAGCUUUGCGAGGGCAGUGAGAGGUGAUCCUUKGCUGCAUUCGCAGAGGUCAUAGUGCUCUUUUGUUCCAAGCAUUGGCUGGAGCAAAAACUAUUGGCAGCCAACCUAGUUUGUCUGACGAAUGAUGGGAUUCACGUUGGUGCACGAAUCACUGCGUAUCCGCUUCUAGCUGGGCAGAUUACUAGGGGAAGCACACAAGACUAAAUUCCAUGUGAUUAUAUUGUUUGUUCUGUGCCGGUUUGUAUUGUUUUCAUUAUGCUUAGAGCGUSUCAUUAGAUAAGUGAAUAUCUAUACCGUGAGACUAUAAC